CGUAGACGUGCGCAAAGCUGACGGUUUCAAAUUUUCCCACAAAAUUGAACGAUCAGCCUGCUCACGUCUUUGGGACUACAUCGUUGGAAGCGAAAUGUAUGCGAAAGACAUUUCGUUUGCCGUCAUAUGCAUUUUACUCUCAAGCGGUCCUCAAAUUACUCACUCUAUAAAAUGCGGCUGCCUGGAACGUCCAGCGAAGAACGCACGGUGUAGAGACAUGAUGUGCAGCCCCUACAAUACGCCGGAGUCGGUGAAAAACAAAGUUAGCAGGUGCGUCUGCAGGCUGGGUGCCUAUCGUAAUCCCUGGGGUCAUUGCAUCAGCCUGGAAGAGUGCAAGAGCUGUGGUACAUACCCACACAAGAGCUACAACCUCUGCGCGUCGGAAUGCCCCCUGAAGUGCGACCAGCCUAUACAAAAUUGUUCCAGCAGGUGUGUCGCCAGGUGCGACUGUGCUCCUGGAUACGUGCUAGACAGAACUGGCAAGGACAGGUGCGUCAAGGCCGACUGCUGCCCUCCAAAGUGUCCUCCAAACUCGACGUUCAAACUCUGCGUGUCAAACUGCAGGCCGAUGUGCGGUAGACCAAAACCGCGCAACUGUUAUAACAGUUGUACCAGGGGUGGCUGCGUCUGCAACAAUGGCUUCUCCGAGGUCAAUAAUGGUGGCACCAUGAUCUGCGUGCAAAAUUCCAUGUGUAAUCAAUAUUUGCCCCGCAAUGAAAUUUGACGACUUUGAGGGGCACUUGCUGCGAGGAAGGAAAUUAGGACAUCGAAGGAUUUUUUUGUUUUCUUGAGAGAAAACCUAAUUUCCCUCUGUGCACACGCCUACCAAACACAGCAAUAAAAUACAGCUGCGCUAAUCGUCUGUGCCAACAUUUUGCGACGUGAGAUAAACUCUGCGUGACUGGCAGCAUUUCUUGCAUUCGGCAUGCUAUGGCGCUUAUGAUCGUUGCGUAAUUAAAACGCUCUCAUUUUCUAUUGGG